UGACAGUAAUGCAUAUUUUUUUCAAAUAAAACGCAAUAAAUUGGCAUAAACACACACGGCCGACUUUCUGGAGUAUGACAGCAACGUAAUGGCGGUGGCUAAGGUAACUGCUGCCGGACGUAAUUUGUUACGGUGACACUGGGGCGUAUUCCCCGGUGAGGCGUAUUUCACCGGUUUACCCUAUAGAUUUUCAAAAUUUAUAGUGAAAGAUCAAAUUUUGCCACUUGUGAAUGAGGCCUUGCAAAAGAAUUCAAACCGUGGUUUACCAAUACUUCCAAUUUUACAACUCUUAGUUUCUCUACGGUUUUAUGCUACAGGAAAUUAUCAGGUAUAUUUCCAAUACAUCAAAUAACAUUCCCAGUAUUAAAUAUAGUAAUAAACUAUGUUUUGUAGGAAGUUGCUGCAGACUUUCGAGGUAUUUCCUAAGCCUCUUUAAUUAUAAGGAGGGUUUCAAUUGCACUUGGAGAAUAUUGUGAAAUUUCCAAAUAAUUUAAUUGCUCAGCAAAAUAAUAUCAGACACUUUUUUCGAAUGGCAAAUUUCCCUAAUGUGGCGGCUUGUGUGGAUGGAACACAUAUAUUAAUAAAGAACUCUGGUGGCAAUAUAGGAGAAAUAUUCAGAAACAGGAAAGGGCAGUUUUCCAUUAAUGUUCAAGUAGCAUGUGGACCAAAUUUAGAAAUUUUAAAUCUUGUUGCAAGACAUCCAGGUUCUACACAUGACAAUGUUGUAUUUGAACAAAGUGGUCUACGAGUAAAAUUUGAAAGUAAUGAAGUACAAGGAAUUCUAUUGGGUGACAAUGGUUAUGCAUGCCGAAGGUAUUUGUUAACUCCUGUUAUAAAUCCUGCAACAGAGUCAGAAUAAAAUUACUAUCGAGCACAUAUAAGAACUAGAAAUAUAGUUGAACGCGUUUUUGGUGUCUGGAAAAGAAGACUCCCAUGCUUGAGAAGAACACUUCAAACCAAAGAAGAAACUUCGCUCGCUAUUAUAUGUGCAACAGCAAUUUUACACAACAUUGCUAGAAACUUGAAUGAUGUCUUUGAAGAAAAUGAGCUUAACGAAGAUGGUGAUUGGGUUGAUAAUAUAAUUAUUGUUAAUGAUCGAGUAGGUGAUGGAUUAGCCUUUAGAAGAACUUUUAUAGUAACUCACUUUUAAUAAAUAAAAAUUGAAAAUUUC